AGUUGAUCGUUUUCUAUCAAACUAAACUAUAAAGGAAGCAAGACAGUUGUGAGUUGACAGAGUCAAGAUGUCCAAAUCCGUGCUCCAAAUAGAAGAUGAGCACGAGCAAAGCUGCUUGGUGAAAAAAGAAAAUGAAAGCAAAUCAUGGACUAAAAUAGACUUACUACUUCUCGUAUUUGGUUCGUUAAUUCAUCUGGGGGAUGGAGUGGAAAUAUACUUGCCCGGAGUGAUAACACAAGAGGUGUCAUGUGACCUAGGACUAACAAACCUCCAAAAGAAUUUUCUAGAUUGUAUCCUCUACCUCACACUGACAAUAUCUAUUACUAUAUCUGGACACCUCUCUGACAGGUUUGGAAGAAGAGAGUUGAGUCUGUUAUCUCUCUACCUCAGUAUAGUGAGCACGGUUGUAUGUGCUGUUGUGGCUAACUAUGCCACCCUCCUCCUCUCUAGAGCUCUGAUAGGAUUCUGUGUUGGUCUCAACCUCUCCAUACACACCGUUCUGAUCGCAGAGCUCGUCUCCAGCAAGUUAAUACUAGCUGAUAUCAUGCUGAUAGCUUCACUAGUAUACACUGCUGGAGGUAUUUGGUGUGCAUUCCUGGCAUAUUUGCUUCUAGAAGUAUUGGGCUGGAGAACCUUCAUCCUUUUUACUUCAUUGCCCAUCUUCGUGCCACCUAUUUUUAUGCUUCAUUUCUGUUUGAACAAGACGGAUGCCCAGCAAGCACAAGAUCUGACGACGAAUUCGGACUCAGACACGGAGGAAAAAAUACCUAACUUUGUUGCCAGGACAACAAAACUCGGAUUAUACUGUGCAGUGAACUCGUUUCAGGGCUGGCUUACAAUUCUUCUAGUUCCAUAUUUGAUCCAGGCACUAAAGAUUGAUGAGGUCGGAUCAAAUAGUGACUGUUCUACUACCGUUAUUCAGGGACUAGAUUUUUUACUUUUGGCUCUGGUUACCUUUGCAGCGGUAGCUGGCCGAUUAUUUGUUCACCAUGUCAGACACCUCGUUUGUUUUAGAACAUUGCAGCUGAUCGUUGCUGUCGUGAAUGUGGGAUGUUUUGCUGGGAUGCUUGCGCAAGAUAACCUUGUUGUGGUUAUCCUCACCAACUUCAUCGUAAAAUUCUUGUUUGGAAUCACUGCAAUGGCCGCGACCUACAUUUUAUACGACGCGGAUUACUUCGGAGCUUCGGGAUUGGCUUCAGGUUCUAGUAUCGCUUACGGUAUCGGACUGAACGGAACUGUUAUGGUUUCAUUUGCACCACUAUUAUCUGUUAAAGUUACAGCGAUUGUGGUCAGUUCUCUACAGAUACUGAUCGUGCUCUCGAUGACUGAGGUACGAUAGAUCACAUGCUGCAGAAAACAAACUCAAAAGUGAAACAUUUAUUCGGACAGAUUCAUUGUGAUUGAGUGCCGGGUGCCCAUACGCUGAAAUUUUAACGCUAAUGACAUGGACAAAAAUAUACUGCAGAACCUAUCAAUUAAAGUUCUUUUUCUUCAGUAUUAUUCUAACAUUCAAUUAUUAGAUUGUUAUUGGUUAUGGUAUGUGGUAGAAUUUUACUUUUGCACAAUUUUUCGACAAGGC